UGGUUUGAACCAGCGUCGCGGUACCAAGAAGCAAAGUUUUCAUUUAUAGCUAUGUGGCUAGUCGCGUUUGCUUAACAGGGUAAAUGUAUCGCAAAAGAGAACAUCUCUUUAUGAUCCGCUAUUGAAUGGCCCUCCAUGUCUACGUGAGCUUGACGUCUCUGUCCAGGUUGACCACGGCUUCCAUCGCCAUAUCCCAUGACUGCGACGAGCUGCAAGUUAGGUGGCCUGUUCAGCAUUGGCGAGGACUUUGAUGAUGAGGACCUGCUCGGGACAGACUGGGCUGCCUGUUCAUCUUCUGGACCAGCCGAUGUGACAGCUGCUGUGUCAUCCUGCGCUCUGCGUGCCUCCUCUGUUGCUCACAGAGCCCCGGAGAAAAUUUUGCCCCAGCAAACUGGAGAGGGAUCAGCUGCCACGUGUAAUGGCACAGCGUCAAGGAGCGGCACGCACACAGCUACUGGACAAACUGUUGCUUUGGGUUUACGACAACUCUCCUCCUCCUCCUCCUCCUCCCCCUCCUCCUCCCUUCAGCCUUACUCUCUCCCUCCUCCUCCUACACUGAAUAACUGUCAGCCAAAUUUGGCAUCAAAUGUUAACACAAAGGAGGCUCAGGAUGACUUUGAUGACUGGGACGUUGACCUGGCUGACCUGGAGGAGUGUGACAGCCACAUGGGGCAGCCCCCUCCUCCUGCGCCCACGGUCCCCACUUCAGCCAAAACACUGCGACCUUCCACGUGUGCACGGAUUGAGACACUACCUCCCCGGGGCCUUUCCGCUCCACAUCCACAAUCAGCAAAUCCCCAACCCGCUUUCGCACCAGCCCCUCCCCAGAGCCCUGGUGUUUUUCCCGGCCUCGCGGUGACUCCCACGCCCAGUCCCGCUUCCAGGACACUCAACAAAGCUCAGCAGCCGCACAAACCGUGGGCGACUCCCAAACCCUCCCCUCGGGGCCGCAACCUCUUCGAGACGGUCUCCCCGGCCCCCUCCCACUCUGCGAGCUCCUCCGCUCUGAGCCCGCAUCCCCUCCGCACACCUGUCCUCACCAACCGCCUGGUCCAGCUGGUAUCUGCCUCCAGUAACCACCCCAAGAAGAGGCCUCGCUCGGAGCCCCAGCGGCCCCGGACACGGCGCUUCCCCGGCCCUGCAGGACUUCUGCCGCAGCAGCCUCAGGGUCAGAACAUGGACCAGAUAGUGGUAUCUGUUCCUCAGACUCCUGCUCACGGGGUUGUGGCCCGACUGCCUAACCAGGCUUCCAGCUCACAGCCUGAGGAAGAGGAGUUCAGCAGUGGUGCCUGGGCAGCGAUGAAGGCAGAGAUGGGACUGGAUGAGAGAAAUCCAUCAUGCUUCCUGCACUCCUUCAGCGUGGUUAUGGUGCUUCGCAAGGCUGCACUGAAACAGCUGACAAAAAACAAAGUUCCCAACAUGGCUGUGGUUCUGAAGAGCAUCAUCCACACACAUUCCGACGCCAAGGUUGUGUUCAAGGACCCGACAGGGGAGAUUCAGGGGACUGUGCAUCGGCGUCUCUUAGAGGACAGAGUGGAUGAGCUGAAGGUUGGAGCCGUACUGCUGCUCAAACAAGUGGGCGUGUUUUCCCCCUCCCACCAUAACCAUUACCUGAACGUGACUCCCAAUAACCUGCUGAGGAUCUACGCCCCUGAUGGAGUCCCUCUGUCCACCACUCCACUCGCCCCACUGGUCCUGGAGCCAACAGUGCCAUCACCUGCCAGGAAUCCCAGAGUCCACCAGGAGCCCGUGUCUCAGAUGCAGCUGCUGUUUGACGAAGAGGACGACGAGGGAAAAGAUGGGGAAAGACACUCAGUAGGACUCGGAGACUCUCGGGUUCCCGCGGACACAAGGUUCAGCUCCAGCAGAGCCCCCCGAGAGCAGGCUGGGAACCCAGUACCUCAGGACUCAGGCUGGGAUGCAGAUGAUGACCUGGAUGAACUGCUGGGAGAGUUACCUGAAGACACCUACAGCUUUUGAUGACACCUUCACAUCAGAUCUUCUUUAUAGACUUUAUGACUGACUUCUGUUAAAGACUGUUUCCUGCUAUCACCUCUUUGAAGUGUAGGCCAAGUGUAAAUGUGUACAGUACAUGUUGUGAAGAUUAGAUCCUCUUCAUAAAUACUCACAGAGAAGAGGGUGAAUUAAUUAGUUGUUAAAGUGUGAAGGCUAUGCAUCACUGAUGACUGAUGUGUCACUUGAAGCCAGCACAUGCUCAUUAUUUCAGAAACCAGCCCUGUUUGAUAUCAGCUCCAUGUCUUACACUGUCUCCUUGUAGACUUUAAUGACUGUGGGAUUGUGUGUAUGUGUGUUACAGGAUGUUGCCUUCACUUUCCUUACAUUCGUAUCCACUGCUGUACUUGCUUUAGUGACCUUGAAAUGGAAAAGUAAACUACACAACAUUGAUUUGUUAAUUAUGAAAAAAGCUUUGCCUGUUUGUCGUGUUUCUCCGUUUG